AUAUAAGAUAGUUUUAAACAAUCCGAUCGAAGGAAGGCGGGGCGUGUCUGAAUACGGGUGGGAAAACAAACAUAAGAGUAACCGCGAGCACAAACACAGCAAUGCCAACCUAGCCUUCUAAGCUGAUGCAGCUCUUCACGUCCGCGCUUUUUUGUUGUUUUUCUCGGCAAUAUGGGGGUUCCAAAAUUUUACAGAUGGAUAUCCGAGCGAUAUCCGUGUUUGAGCGAAGUUGUGAAGGAACACCAGGUUUGUGUUCAUAAAUGAUGAUAGUUAGCUUUAGCACUAGCAUCCGGCUAACACUUUACCUCAGUCAGGGCUGUGUAUGUUUACAGGUGUAUUUACACAUGAUUGGUGAUUAAUUUUAGCUAAAGAAGGCAGAAAGGACAAUAAAUUCACUGUGGAAACAUUCUGAAGUUUUAAUUUCCAGCGCUUUAAUUACUCAGUUAGUGAACAGUAAGUAAUUGUGGAACAAUCCCAACUCGAUGUGUGUUACAGCUGUAGGUCACUACAUAGAGCGCGAGGGGAGGAAACUUUGUGCUAACCCCAGUGCUCAUGACAGGACAUAAGGGUCAUGUAGUCUGUAGCUGUGACAACUUACAUGUGGGUUUAUCUCUAUAGCCACACAAAUAUAAACAACGUUUAAUAUAUCUAUAAAUAUAUUGUUUAAUACUAAACCUAUUUAGUAUUAUUCUUAUUAUAGAAUUAUAUUGACGUCAUUAUAGAAAGUUUUAUUUGUAAAACUGAGGUAAUUAAAAUGGACUUUUUAGAUGAGAGAAAAUUAAUGUAUAAUCGUUUAUAAUGAACUUUGAGUAUUUUUAUACUUAUAUAUCUAUUUCUUUAAUACAUGUAGGUGUUUUCAUAUUAAAAUAUGUUUUUAUAUUAAAAUAUAUAGUCAGGUGUUCAUUUAACUGGGAGCAAAAUAGUCAGAUAUUUUCCACUACCUCGACUUUCGCAUCAUCAAGCCCAGGAAGGUGUUCUUCAUGGCCGUGGAUGGUGUCACACUCAGGGCCAAAAUGAACCAACAGCGUGGCAGAAGGUUCAGAUCAGCAAAAGAAACAGAGGAAAAAAUAAAGAAGGCUGUGGGGAAGGGCGAGGAUUUACCUGCAGUGAUCCGGUUUGACUCCAACUGCAUCACACCCGGUACGGAGUUCAUGACUCGGCUUCACAAACAUCUGAAAUACUUUGUGCAGAAAAAGCUGUCCACAGACCGACCGAGUGAGAGUGUAUCUGUCUGGUCACGAGGUGAGUAGAGUGACCGCACACACACACACACACACACACACACUCUCUGUAACAGGUCACACUGCAAUCACUGUACAUCCCUAAAUAUAUUUUUCUCUUUAUGAAGUUUCCAUCUCCAGGACACAUUAAGUAAAAGAAAACAAGACCCACAAAUCCGUGAUCACGAAUUCGUCCCCUCAGUUUAUAAACCGUACUCAUGGAUUAUUGAACUGUUCCCUCAGUUUUACAAAGCGUGCACAUGAGGUAACAAUCCGUGCUCUCAGAUUUGUAAACUGUACCCUCAGGUUUUCUAAUCCGUACCAACAAAUUCAUAAACCGUGCGCACGCUUUCGCAAUCCGUACCCAUGGUUUUGCAGACUGUACUCACUGAUUUUUAGCACCUCCCACAAGCAGGACAACAGCUCCACAAACAACGUGUUUAAACUUCAUAUUUUUUUAAAUAUGAUAGAGGGUUGGAUGACCGUACUGUGUCAACUUCAAGAGGAGAAGGUAAAAACCAAUACAAUACGAAUAAUGCACAGAUUCCUUGGCUUAAUACAAUUGUAUAAAGUUAUUUAAUAAUAACAUA